AUGGAGGAUCGGAACUUGGAGGAAGAUGACAGAGAUGCAUUGGCAGGACUAUCAAACGCCCCACCAAUACCAAGAAAAUCUCAUUCAUACAGCCAACAACUGCGAUCCAAUACCGGAACACAUCACAAGAAAAACCGGCAAGUCAGAAAGCACAGUUUGGAUGAGGCUAAAACUAUCAACAUUUCUAGUGGCAACACCUAUAGUUAUCUUUUGGAAGGUUCAGAUGACGAUGCUGAAGAUUUUUACCCUUAUUCCACCACCACCGCUAGUGUGGCUGCUUGCGGUCCUGAUGGGACAAUGUCGAUUGGGGAUGGCGGUGCUGGAGGGAUGAUGAGUCAGGAUCAUCAUCAUCACCAGCAGCAGCAGCCACUGCCAGAGUUUAUGGGGGCGGGUGGUGGUGAUGGGAUUUUUAGGGUGCCUACUCGUGCCGCGGUUCACCCUGGUCGGCCUCCUUGUCUUGAGCUUAGGCCACAUCCUCUCAGAGAAACUCAGGUUGGAAAGUAUUUAAGAACAAUUGCUUCCACGGACACAGAACUAUGGGCAGGCCAAGAAUGUGGUGUUCGGGUUUGGAAUUUAGCAGAUGCAUACAAGCCGGGAAGUGGUGUAGGAGGACGAGCUAGGAGAGGGGAUGAGGAUGCAGCACCGUUUUAUGAGUCAGUAAGUACUUCGCCUGCAUACUGUUUGAUGGUCGAUCCAGGGACAAAGCUUGUUUGGAGUGGGCACAAAGAUGGGAAGAUUCGGUCAUGGAGGAUGGACCAGCCACAUUCAGAUGAUACACCUUUCAAGGAAGGUCUUUCUUGGCAGGCUCACCGUGGUCCAGUUCUUUCCAUGGUGAUAUCUUCUUACGGUGAUAUAUGGUCAGGCUCCGAGGGUGGCAUCAUUAAAAUAUGGCCAUGGGAAUCUGUUGAAAAAUCUGUGUCUCUCUCUCCUGAAGAAAGGCACAUGGCCGCUUUGCUGGUUGAGAGAUCAUUUGUUGAUCUUAGAAGCCAAGUCACUGUGAAUGGUGUAUGCAACAUUUCAUCUUCGGAUGUUAAGUGUCUUUUAUCUGAUGAUAGUAGAGCAAGGAUCUGGGCUGCAGGGUCUUUAUCAUUUUCAUUGUGUUUCUUGCAGAGGUCACGUAAUGCCAUCAUGGGAGCAGCAGAUGCUGUUGUUCAAAUGGUUUACUUGUUCAGUGGGACGGAAAUGGCAACCGGCUCCAAGAUUUUCAUCACCAAUCUUGUGCUGUUCUUAGCUUUUUCUGUUAUGGCUCGCGAAUAUGGCUUGGUUAUCAUGGCGACUCAUGGUGAAUUAGCUGCAAAAGAACAAAUGUAUACAACACAAGAAAAUAUGAAAAUUUUACAAUCUGUAAAGCUGGUGUCUCAUCUGCAGCACAAACGCUUCGCACACCAAAUAAAAGAAAUGCAAGUAAAGAAAGUGAAGGCGGCAUCGAUUCCUCAAUCUCUCCAAGGGCCAACCUCAACAAGAAAUGAAGAGGUGAUUUUUCAGGAUGCAGCAAAAUCCAUAAUGAACCAGCUCAGAGGAGGAUCACAACAAUUGAAGGUGGUUGCUAUUUGGGGAAUGGCAGGAGUAGGUAAGACGUUUUUGGCUUCUAAGAUAUUCAAUGAUCCAGUUGUUGUGAACCAUUUUCAUGUUCGGGCAUGGUGCCCUGUUUCUCAAGUAUUAGACAAACGAAACAACACGAAAGUGCUCAAUGAGGUUCUGGAUCGAGUUUAUUCGAAAAUGUAUUUUGAGAUGACUGAAGAAGAUUUAGCAAACAAGGUCCGUCGUUCUCUGAAAGGAAGAAGAUAUCUAAUCUUUUUGGAUGAUGUAUGGACUGUUGAAGCGUGGAAUAGCUUGCAGCAAUCCUUCCCUAAUGAUCACACUGAAAGCAGAAUUCUUGUCACCAGUCGGUAUUGUAAUGUUGUUCCUGAUGCUAUGCUCGUGCUCAAACCGCAUGAACUUUCUACACUUACCAAAGAUGAGAGUUUUAAGUUACUGCAAAGCAAGCUAUUACAUGGCAAAGAUUGGACUCCUGCACUACUUGAACUUGGGAUGCAAAUUGCAGAUAAAUGUAACGGAUUACCUCUCAUAAUCGUUACUGUGGCUGGGCUUCUAGCAACAGUGGACCAAGGGAGCUGGAAGGAUAUUCGGGACAGAUUACAUUCAGGCAGCGUAUCAAAUACUGACCAAUUCAUGAGCACUAUGGAGUUGAGUUACAAGCACCUGCCUGAUCACUUAAAGCCCUGCCUCCUGUAUUUUGGGGCAUUUCUGGAAGACCAGGAGAUUUCAGUGAAGAGGUUGAUUCGUUUAUGGAUUGCCGAAGGCUUUGUGCAAAAGGGAAAAAUAAUUAAGAUGAAGCGUGUUGAAGAUGUUGCUGAGGACUACCUGAAAGAUUUAAUUGGGAGAAGCUUAGUUACACUUGCAAAACAAAGAUCCAUAGGAGGAGUGAAAGCAUGUCGCAUCCAUGAUUUGCUCCAUGAAUUUUGUUUGCAAAAAGCCAAAGAUGAACGGUUCUUCUCUUUCCUUGGAGUAGGUGCUGAUGAAGUCUUGGCGUUUCACAAGCCACACAACCUGCGGAGAUUAUGCAUUAACUCUGAUCCGAAGCAUUUCAUAAGCGCAAGUGAGUAUUUCCCGUAUGUUCGUUCUCUGCGCUUCAACUAUGACGAGGACCAACUUUUGCGAUUUGGAAUAAGAAAUCUUUACAACUCAUCUGAUUUAUGUGAGAUGGAUUGGCUUUCUGGUCUAGCUAUUCAUUAUCCAUGUGACCUGGAUGGAUUGCUGAAAAAGUUUCCAAACAUUCGUAAGUUGAAAUGCACCCUUUUGAAAUCAGAAGACAUGGUAAGAAAUUAUGUCAAGAUUGUAGUUCCCGAUUUCUUGUGCCAGCUAGAAUCACUUAGUAUAUCGCUGUCCUAUGAUGGCGUAACUCGCAGUGAGUUUAGUUUACCGGCAAAUCUGAAGAAAUUGACACUGUCAAGCUUCCCUAUGACGUAUGGGAAGCCGAAGCAUGGACCACAAGAUUUAUCGUACAUGUUUUACAUGGCCAAACUCCUGAGAGUUUUGGAUUUGGGGGAAAUCAAUUUGGGUGAUGUGUUUCCAAGUGAAAUAGGAAUGCUUGUGCAGCUAGCCUUCCUGGCCAUUGAAGGCUAUAUGACGGACAUCCCACCAUCGAUAGGUAACCUCGCCAAUCUUGAAACUCUUAUUGUGAAUCAAUUAAGACAAGACAAGGCGCUAUCACUUCCAGGCACUUUCUGGAAUCUAAAGAAAUUAAGGCAUCUUUCUAUAUCGAGUCCAGGUGGUAGUUUUCCCAUGGAAAAUCCUGCCACAUCACCUGAUUUAUGUGAAUUGGAUAAGCUUUCUGGUGUUGCUAUUCCUUGCCCGAGCGACAUGGAAGGCUUACUGAAAAAGUUUCCAAAUGUCCAAUCUUUGAGCCAACUAGUGUCACUUUGUAUAUCACUUCCUUUCUCAGGUGAAAAACCUGAACACACAAAGUUUGAGUUUAGUUUCUCUGCGAAAUUGAAGAAGUUAUCAUUGGCAUUCAUCUACUUGUGUCGUAGCAGUCUAUCAACAAUUUCUAAACUUCCGAACCUUGAAGUCCUCAAGUUUAUUGCCGUAAGCUUUGAAGGAAACACGUGGGAAAUGGAAGAAGGGGAAUUCUCCAAGCUCAGAUUCUUGCAAUUGUCAUCAGCGGCAUCCUGGAAGCUGCGCUCGUGGACUGCAUCUGAGGAUCAAUUUGACUGUCUUAAGGCGUUGGUCUUGACGAGCUGUGGUCAUUUACAAGAGGUGCCUUCUUGUCUGGAAGCUAUUUCAACGCUCGAAUUGAUCCAAGUCUCAUUAUGUUGCAACACUGUACUUGAUCUAGUGGGAAAAAUUAAGGAGGCUGGAAUUGUAAAAGUAAUGCUGGCAAUUGUGGUUAUCACUACUAUUCUUUCCGUAUCCAUCAUUCAAUGUCGUGCAUUUCCAAGUGAAAUAGGACUACUAGUGCGGUUGGGGUUACUAGCAAUAGCAGGCUGUAUGGUGGACAUCCCGCCGUCAGUAGGUAACCUUUUCAAUCUGGAAACAUUAAUUCUAAAUCAAUUAAGAGGAGACCAGACGCUCUCAUUGUCUGACAGUUUCUGGAAUCUCCAGAAGUUAAGGCAUCUUCCCAGGAUGAGUUAA